UUUUGAAACUAGGUUUGCUUUUGGUUUUUCUUUUUUUAUAGUGGUCCUUGGUUAUAUAAUUAUUUAGCUCCAGUCCGGCUGGACCAGCCGGCCGCCCAGGUGCAGUGCGCGCCCCAUCCGCUCCGUUGAGAAAUUCACGAAAACAGUACGCAAGCCUCUCUCUCUCUCUCUCUCUCUCUAUGGCUUCAACAUUCUCAUCCAUUUUGAGCCAACGUCACUGUGCUCUCCGCAUCAGAAUCCAAAGACGAUGCUGCUUCAAUCUCAGGUUCCUCCCCGCCGGAGGCCCUCUCUCCUUCCCCUGCUGCCAGUACCUUGCGCUGCGCCCCCCGAAGAGGAAUUUCUCCCUUUCUUUCUCUAGAGACCUCUCUUCUUCUCCUCUUCCCCUGCCGAACCAGAAUGAAUCUUCUCCAAGUCUCCACCAUUUCGUUGCCCAAGCAGCCGCUCUCACCGAUCCUCAAAGCCACCCCGACCCUGUAUCAGUUCCCGAAGUUCGUCAAAGAGGUCGUAUUUAUCAUGAGACUUAUGGUUGUCAAAUGAAUAUUAACGAUAUGGAGAUUGUCCUGUCAAUCAUGAAGAAAGCUGGCUAUAGAGAAGUUGUGGAGGUUCCUGAGAGUGCAGAAAUUAUUUUUAUCAACACUUGUGCAAUCAGGGAUAAUGCAGAACAUAGGGUGUGGCAGAGGCUUAACUAUUUUUGGUUUCUUAAACGGCAGUGGAAAAGCAAUGUCUCCAUUGGAAGGUCACAUUCUUGGCACCCUCCAAAAGUAGUUGUGUUGGGAUGCAUGGCCGAGAGGUUGAAGGAUAAGAUACUGGAUGCAGAUAAGAUGGUUGAUGUAGUUUGCGGGCCUGAUGCUUAUAGAGACUUGCCACGAUUGUUAGAGGAAGUAGAGUAUGGUCAAAAAGGGAUCAACACUCUUCUUUCACUCGAGGAAACUUAUGCUGAUAUCAGUCCUGUUCGAAUUGCCCAAAAUUCAGUGACUGCUUUUGUCUCUGUGAUGAGGGGUUGCAAUAAUAUGUGCUCAUUUUGCAUCGUUCCCUUCACUAGAGGCAGAGAGCGGUCACGGCCUGUGGAAUCAAUUGUCAAAGAGGUUGCUGACCUUUGGAAAGAAGGUGUGAAAGAGGUAACACUUCUUGGUCAGAAUGUGAACAGUUAUAAUGAUGCAUCUGGGAUUGAUAAAGAAGUUGAACCAGGAACCAGUUGGAAAUUCAGCGAGGGCUUUUCCAGUAUGUGCAAGGUGAAGAAAAUGGGCCUACGAUUUUCUGAUCUCUUGGAUAGAUUGUCCACAGAAUUUCCUGAGAUGCGGUUCAGAUAUACAUCCCCCCAUCCAAAAGACUUCCCAGAUGAAUUACUGUAUUUGAUGCGCAGUAGAUAUAAUGUCUGCAAAAAUAUCCAUUUGCCUGCACAAACUGGGAGCACAACAGUACUUGAAAGAAUGCGGCGGGGAUAUACAAGAGAAGCAUACUUGGAUCUUGUGCAAAAGAUACGGAGAAUUAUUCCAGAUGUGGGAAUAAGCAGUGACUUCAUUUGUGGCUUCUGUGGAGAAACGGAGGAAGAGCAUGAAGACACACUAAGCCUUAUGAAGGCAGUUGGUUAUGACAUGGCAUACAUGUUUGCUUACAGCAUGAGGGAAAAAACCCAUGCCCAAAGAAACUACGUUGAUGAUGUUCCUGACACAAUCAAGCAGCGGAGGCUAACAGAACUCAUUGAGGCUUUCAGGGAGAGCACGGGUUGCUGCUUCGACUCCCAAAUUGGUAGCGUCCAACUUGUGUUAGUUGAAGGGCCCAACAAGAGAGCUCCAGAUACAGAGCUCAUUGGCAAGAGCGACAGGGGCCAUAGGGUUUCAUUUUCUGUUGUGCCACUCCCUCAUCGGGAUGGUGAUUUUGAUGGAAUUCGGAAUCCAGCUGUUGGUGAUUAUGUGGAAGUUCGCAUAUUGAGAUCAACGCGAGCAUCGCUCUUUGGAGAAGCACUUGCUAUAGCCAACUUGAGUUCAUUUUACAACACUACAGAAGAAGCAGUUGUUGCCUGUGGAAAUAGAACUUGAAUCUUAUCUAUAGACUUCUCUGAUGAAAUUUUCUCGAGAGAACCUUUCUUUUCUGCUGCUGCAGAAAGUUCUUGGUGGGGGAAGAUCCAUUGCAUGCUGAUGAGAACUCUAGAGGCGUUGGAACUGGUCAGAGGCUCUGAGCAUCUUCAACAACUGCUGUUUUUGAACUAUUUGCUUGCGGCUGCACUGCGACUUCAAGCUGUUGGGAGAAUUUAGCACAUUUUUUCCAUCUUCCCAUUGUAACUAUGAUAAUUGUCAUCCUCUGGCAUAUUUUGUAUCAUCUUUUUCAUUCCAGUUAUCACAUUAAUUGUUAUCAUUUAAUGGAUUUUUUGAUAAUUUGCA